AUGAGCAGCGAAGGAGGCGGACACCACAUGCGACGCACCUCCUCCUUGGCAAACAUCAAACAGAUGGCAAAUCACUUCCCGAAACACGUCCGAGAACAAGCCGCGAAACAAGAUUUUAAACACGAAGCCGUGCAAUACGCGUUGUGGAUUCCGUUUGGGUUGGUAUGUCAACACUUCGAGUACGAGAAGAUGGCGAACUUAUUCUUCACGUGGUUUAUUCUCGGAGAGUUGAUGCUGAUUUUCAUGCACGUGGACAGAACGUUUUCGUCCGUGUUGAAGUGGUACAACGUGUUAUUAUUCGUCGUGCCGGUGGCGAUUUAUUUCAUCAAAGAGCUGAUGAUUCCAGAGAAUAGCUUUUACAUGUUUUUCGUGGAGUACGUGAUAUUCGGGACGUUGGCGUUUGCGAUCGUUAUUCCGUUCAUUCCGAGACAUUUGUUGCGCGGGUUCGACUGGUACCCGAUGAUAAAGAAGAUGGGAUUUAAGAGUUGA